AUGAACUGCUGGAAAGUAGUGUUACCAUGGAAACAACUCCCCGCCCACAUCUCCACACACGUCUCUACUGUGUCUCACUGUACACGUCAUGUCUCCACUGAAUCCAGACAGGGUAUACUGGUGCUCAACGCUGGAAGCAGCUCUCUCAAGUUUAACUUGUUUUCUCUGAGUAAGGAGAAAAGGAACUCUGUCACUUCUGUUCUGAGUGGGGCAGUUAACGGUUUGACAGUAACUGGUGACGUAGUACCGACUGUUAAGAUAAAGAAAGGAAAGGAGACUGUUAUCUCUACCACUAUCUCCACUCCUACACACUCAGCUAGUCUCUCAUUUAUUGCUGAUACUAUCCGAUCUCAUUCUAGUGAAGAUAUAGUGGCAGUAGGUCACAGAGUAGUGCACGGAGGAACAGUGUUUCCAGAGAGCUGUGUUAUAGAUAGUGAAAUAUUAGAGAAGUUAGCCCCCCUCAACUCCCUCGCCCCUCUUCAUAACCCUCACAAUCUAGCGGGGAUUCUUGCUGCUACCCGGAUAUUUCCUACUGCUCUACAGGUUGGUGUGUUUGACACUGGUUACCACAGAACUCUCCCUGACUAUGCCUACACAUACCCCCUCCCUAGCAACUUAGCUACCAAAUACAGGAGGUACGGUUUCCAUGGUACUUCUCACAAGUAUGUGGUGGAGCAAGCUGCACGGUUCUUGGGCAAGGACAAAAUAAACGCUAUCUCUUUUCACUUAGGAAACGGAUGUAGUGUGGCGUGUAUUAAAGAUAGCGAGAGCAUUGACACUACAAUGGGAUACACACCACUUGCUGGCUUACCCAUGGGAUCCAGAUCAGGAGAUUUAGACCCCUCCAUCAUCAUCAAGCUCCUUCAAGACGAAGGCUACUCUAGCGAAGAAGUGAGCGACAUUCUUCACAAUAAAUCAGGACUUUACGGUAUUUCAGGUAGCUCGGACAGUUUGACUGUGGAGCGAGGAUAUUCUACUGGCGAUCCUGGGUCCACUCUCGCCUUCAACAUGUUUGCUUACAGUGCCAAGAAAUGUUUAGGAGCGUACAGUGCAGUGCUGAACAACAAAGUAGACUGUAUAAUCUUCACGGGAGGUGUUGGAGAGAACAGUCCUCUACUUCACAGGCUGGUGUGUGGAGGGUUACUUCCAGUGUCACAUGACACGUACUCUAGAGACACUCCUCUUUGUGAUAUUACUCACAGUACUCACAGUGAACCUAGGGUUUUAGUGGUCAGGACUAAUGAGGAGUUAGCCAUUGCUAGGGAGUGUUCUAAACUGCUCCAAUAAUUUAGAACUUUGUUUACUGUGAAAUUUAUUUUUAACUCUAGAUUAUUAUUAAUUUGUUUAGGGUAUGAGUUUUUGUAUGACCCUUAUAUCUGAUUUAAUAUGGACGUUUAUUUUAUUUUCUACGGUUUCAGAUGAGAGAUUUAAGUUCGUUUUAAUUUUUGUACUGUUUGUGAGACAAGUUUAAUCAAGAUAUUGAUUUUUUAAAGGUUUUAGGUUUAUCAGAGAUUAUAGUGGACAUUUAUUUAUGUUGUUACUGAUUUUUAUUGAUAUUUUUAGUUAUACACCAUUAUA